AUGAGAGAAUUUUACGCAAUAUUCAUAAGAAAUAAAAAAAUUUUUCCAGCAUUACAACCAACCGAAUUACAAGAAAGGUUAGGUUUAGGAAGACUCCAUUCUCGUAAUUGGUAUGUCCAACCUUCAUGUGCAAUUGGUGGAAGUGGUCUUUUUGAAGGAUUAACUUGGCUAGCAUCAAAUUGUAAAUGA